UACAAUUUGGGACAGACGAAAAAGGAAAACAGGACUAUCAAAGUGAGAUGGAGUGAAUAAUGCAAUGUCUACAGGCUCCAAGUGCGUUGUUAUUUGGGAUUUUGGAGUAAGCCCAAAAAAAUGUGAAAUCCAACACAGAAAGCAAAUCCAGCGGGGUUGGAGAGAUCCUCAUUUUAGUCCAACUUCAAGGACCCAAGCUAUAUCAGUAACUAAUCAGACUAAUCUUGGUUUUUAAUCUCACCCUUCACCAUUACUUUUUUUUUUUCCUUUCUUUCCUUCCUGAUAAACAUCCUUCACCAUUACCUAAGCGAGAGAAAAUUUGUUGCAAUGCAAGUUUCAAGAAAUGGAUGAAGGCGAAUGGCGCAUUUUUAGAUAUCAAAUUGAGUGUUACUAAUUUUCCUCAUUAAGAAACCGUGCGAAAAAUGUUGAUUAAAUUUUGCUAUUUAUGACGAAAAAUUGGGGGAGUCAAACUACAUGGAAACAAAACUAGCAUGUUUUGGGUAAAAGCAAUCUCAUCCACGAGGCCGUUCUACUGGUAGACUCCUGGUUUAGGCUGUCCGAUGCACCAAAAGGGCCGAAACAAAUUACUGGUUUUUGGCGGGGGCCCGACGGGGUGGUGCGGAUGAAAAAUGAAAAAGAGAAGGAAAAAAAUCACAUGCUAGGCGGAAAAGGAGCCGUAAGUUUUGAAGCCUCCCAAACUUUAUUAAAAUAAAACAAAAAUUCAAAAAGUUCAUAUGAUGCACUCUGGCCACCAAAAAAGAAAAGAAAACAAGAGAAAAGAAAAAGAGUUUGAAAGCGGACGACGUCGUCGAGCUGUUACAGCUCCAAAACCCUACUGGGCAUUUCUAAACCUCUUGUUGACGGGCUCAAAAUCAGAAUAGCACGAGCAACGAAAACAUGGCUUGGCGCGGGUCUCUCUCAAGGUCUCUCCUCUCAAAUGCAAGAGCUUCCACCGCACGCUCUUCCUCGCCGUCCCUCCCCCGUCUCCGUCCUACUUCGUCAGCUCCUCUUCACGGCCAAUACGCUCUUUCUCGCCGCCUCUUCUCUUCCGACCUUCUCAGGAGCGGCGGUUUUCUCGCUUGCACUCAGUCGCUACUGCCUCUGCACAGCGUGGUAGCCGCCACUCGUCUCACGUCGCACAUCGCUGUCGAGGCGCGCACUUGCUGCGAGUUGUCUCAGGGUACUUAAGGUAUUGACUUAUGGACCAGCAUUCUAAGUGCUGGAUGUGUCAUACCAUGGAGCUUGCUGUAGGGCCUUUAGUUGGGGAGCUGAGCUGUAUGCUUUGGGGUCUUCCUUUUUUGUUGCUUCUGGAAAGUAAUUGAGAUUGUUUCCUUUGUCUGUCAUAGAAUCCCUCUUCAAAAUUUCCUGCCUAUCUGACAUUUAUUUUCUUAGGGAAAGUGACAAAUGUACAGUUCUGCAAUGUUUAUUAUUUACUGGAGUUUGGUAUCACUGUGCCUUGAUGCUUUACCUGCAGUACAAUGUUAGAAGAACUAGAUUUGGAUGUUUGGUAACUGGAUAUCUGUGUUUUAAGUGGCACUUAAACCUUUUUAUGGACCAAUAACUCUUUGAGAUUGCAAUUGUAAGCAUGAACAUAUGUUUUUAG